AUGGAAAGUGAUAACGUUGGCACCAUGGAAGAAUUGAAAAUGAGACCAGACCAUCCAGAAGAGAUAAAUGAAGACAACACUAACGAAAGUCCAUUACAUAUUAUGUCCAGCAAUGUGGAUCUCCCAGUCCCAGAGCUCUCAGAGCCAACCCAGGCUGAGGAGAAGGCUUUGGCCCCCAAGAUCACAAUCACCAACAUGCCCAAUGCAUCCGAAGUGCUGCAACCUGCAAUGGAGACCCCCCCAGAGGUAGUCGAGCCCAAAGAAGGCAAGACCCCAGAGUUCUUAGAACAAACAAUCCAGUCCAUGGAAGGUGCCACUCUGAAACCUUCAGAACAAGCAAUCGAGCCCAUGGAAGGUGCCGCUCUGAAACCUUCAGAACAAGCGAUCGAGACCAUGGAAGGUGCCGCUCUGAAACCUUCAGAACAAACAAUCAAGACCAUGGAAGGUGCCGCUCUGAAACCUUCAGAACAAUCAAUCAAGACCAUGGAAGGUGCCGCUCUGAAACCUUCAGAACAAGCGAUCGAGACCAUGGAAAGUGCCGCUCUGAAACCUUCAGAACAAGCGAUCGAGCCCAUGGAAGGUGCCGCUCUGAAACCUUCAGAACAAACGAUCGAGACCAUGGAAAGUGAUACAUCAAAGCCCUCAGAAGAAACAGCCAAGCCCCUGGAAGGUGAUAAGGUGAAGACGAUCCAGAGCAAGGAGGACUUUGAGGCUAACCUCAAAGAGGCAGGGGAGAAACUGGUGGUUGUGGACUUCUCGGCUACCUGGUGUGGACCCUGCAAGGUAAUCAAGCCAUUGCUCUACACCCUGUCUAACAAGUAUGAUGAUGUGGUGUUCCUUGAAGUGGAUGUUGAUGAAUGUGAGGAGCUGAUUAAAGACUUUGGAAUUGUGUGCAUACCAACCUUUCAGUUUUAUAGAAAAGAGGGAAAGGUGGGUGAAUUUUGUGGUGCCCUUAAAGAAAAACUGGAAGCAGUUAUUUCAGAAUUAAAGUAA